AUGUCAAAACCACCAAAUGAGAAUUUGACUACGUACAAACUGGUUGUAGUUGGAGAUGGAGGAGUUGGAAAAUCUGCACUCACCAUUCAGUUCUUCCAAAAACUGUUUGUCACCGAUUAUGACCCGACCAUUGAAGAUUCGUACAUUCAGCAUACGGAAGUGGACGGUAUCUGGUGUAUUUUGGAUGGUACGCUCCGUCUUUUAUCCGUGUCCUUUUCCCGGUCUCGUGCUUGCUUUCAUAUAUUUGAAAAAUUGUUACCAGCUUUUAGUCACAAGAAUUGGAGAGUAAGGGAAGAAAUAUUAAAAUGUUUACAACUUACAUUAGAAAAAUAUGGUUCUCAAUCUCUUACUUUGAGUAAAUUAAUGCCUGCAAUAAUAAAAUUAGUUGGAGAUCCAAAUUCUCAAGUUCGUGACACUGCAGUUAAUACGCUUGUAGAAAUUUAUAGACAUGUUGGAGAAAAAGUUAGAAUUGAUAUUACAAAAAAGCAUAGUUUACCAGCAGCAAGAGUUCAAAGUUUGUUUGCAAAAUUUGAUCAAGUUCAAAAUACAGUUGGUUUAUUACCUUCAGCUUCUGGAGACAGUAUUAGUGGAUUCAGACCUGCAUCUGAUCAAGAAGAAGAAAAAACAAGUCCACUGGAACAAGAAUUUGAGGAGCGUCUUGAGCUGUCCAAACGGUCGCUUAGCAACCAUUACACGUGGAACGAGGCCACCAACGAUUGGUCACCGUUCCCCAAAAGAGGAGGAGUUGUGUUUGUGUCCGAACAGUUUUGUAUCAGUGUUAAGCCAGUGUUAACCAUGCCGUCCUCGGUAGACAGUAGUCCGUCCCGUCAGACCGUACCAAAUCUCGAUAUGGAUAGCGGCGGCAAGAAUUACGAUUCUUUGAUCUCUCCAAAUGGUACUAAUAUUAUAUGGGACGAAAAUGCCGAUUGGAUUCUCCUUUUCGAUAAUAUGAUCCAUUUGGCAGAGAUCAAUCAGAGUCGAUCACCACGCAGAUCUUGUGGAUGCCCCACGAAAGGUCAUCAAGCUGAUGAUGACACUGAUUCCAGAUCACAACAAUCAGACAGCAGUGAAAUAGAAAUGUCAUCAAACAAAGCAGCCUCCAAACGAGCGAGCAGUGCCCCUCCAGUCAGACGAAAUGUUUUUGCAACACCGAAACUACCUUUAAGUUCAAAUACUCCAAAACGGAAACGCAGUUUGAAGAGCAGUUCUACAAAAGCUUUACCUUCUUCCUCAGCCGCUGCUGGAGCAGCAGAUGAAGAAAUGUUUAUAAAAUCUUUUGAAGAUGUAUCACGAAUUCAGAUUUUGUCUGCUAAAGAUUUAGAACAAGAAAUAAAUAAAAUCAGGGAUAUACUGUCAGAUCCUAAUAAUGAUUGGGAAAAACGUAUGGAAACUAUGAAAAGAUUAAGAAGUUUAUUACUUGGUGGAGCUCUAAAUUUUGACUUUUGUUCUCAUUUACGUUGCUUAGAAGUUCCUUUUCAAUCAUGUAUAAAAGAUCUACGUUCACAGGUUGUUCGAGAAGCAUGUAUUACAGUUGCUUUUCUGUCUCAGCAAGUAGGUACAAGACUAGAUCAUUUUGCAGAAGCUGUUUUGCCAAGUUUAAUUAAUUUAAUUCCAAAUAGUGCCAAGAUUAUGUCCACGGCAGGGAUUGUAACAAUACGUUUUAUUAUUCAGCAUACUCAUGCAAACAGAUUAAUUCCGAUUUUAACGUACAAUGCAUCAUCAAAGUCUAAAGACAUUAGAAGAUCUUGUUGUGAAUUUUUAGAUCAGUUACUACAUACUUGGCCAACACAUACUUUAGAAAAACAUACCUCUCUUCUUCAAGAAGCAAUUAAAAAAGGAAUAAAUGAUGCUGAUCCUGAAGCAAGAGCAUUUUCAAGAAAGGCUUUUUGGGGAUUUGCAGAUCAUUUUAAGGAACAAGCAGAUAAUCUUUUAACAUCAUUAGAUAGUAGUAAACAGAGGAUGCUUCAAGGUGAAUUAUCUAUGAGUACAUCAUCUAGUAACAAUUCAUUAAACAGCACAACAAAGCGUAGCAAUGUAUAUUCUCAUGGAGGAUCAUCAGAAAAUUUGAGUCGUUCUAUGACAUUGGCAAACUCAGCAAGAAGAUCUGGUAUACCAAUACUUACUAGUCCAAAGAGUGAACCUGAAAAUAAUAUAAAGUCACCUUUGAGGUCAACAAGUGCUAUAGAUUUGGCAGCUGCUACAAGAGCUAAAGUGAGAGCAAGAGCAAUUAUGACUAAAGGUUCUGUGGCAUCUUUGCCAAGGCCUAAUACAAAACGUGCUGAAAUGUCUGGAGGUGUUGUAACAUCUCCAGAAAGAUUAGCAAGGAUGAAAUUAAAGAGCACUUCACAGUCACAACUAUAUACAAGAUAUCCAGAGAUAGUGUGUAAGAGACACAAUGAAGAACGGAUCAAAGUGAAUGGUAUUAAUAUAAGCCAUAUAAUGUAUGCAGAUGGCAUAAUUUUGAUACAAAAUUAUUACAUAUAUAUAAAAGUUUUCCUAAAAUUAAAAUUUUUAAAAUUUUAUUCUUUAGCAAGGCCUAAUACAAAACGUGCUGAAAUGUCUGGAGGUGUUGUAACAUCUCCAGAAAGAUUAGCAAGGAUGAAAUUAAAGAGCACUUCACAGUCACAACCGAGCAGUAGACCAGGAUCUCCUUCUUCUAAGCUUAGUUAUGCUACUUAUCAAGGGGCAGGUGAUACUGGCACCACUGGUCGUUCAAGAAGAAAAUCUGGAAUACCAGCUGUUACUAGUACCAGUAGAGAAUCAAGUCCAACUCGAAAUUCUUAUAGUGGUUUAGAGCGAAGAGGAAGUUUUCGCUCUAGAUUACUUUCAGGUACUGGUGAUAGGUAUUCUACUACUGGUAUUAACUCUGAUAUUAUGACAGCAAGAAGAUCAUUUCAACAAAAUAAAGAAAUUGACUCUACGGUUCCUGAUAUUUUGACUGCCCCUCCAAUUCAGAGGAAGUAUGGUGCUUUUGAAGAUCAAUCAGAUGAAAGUGAGACGUCAAGUGUGUGUUCCGAUCGCUCAUUUAGUGCAUUUGGUAGAAAUAUAGAUGAUGUUGCCGAAAUAGUACAUAACCUGUCAAGUAUUCAUUGGUCUGAUAGAAAGGAAGGACUUCUAACACUACAAGCUCUCUUCCAUUCUUCCAGGCUUCUUACUAAAUCAGAGUUGAAAAGAAUUACUGAUAGUUUAACUAAAUUAUUUAUGGAUCCUCAUACAAAGGUUUUUUCACUUUUCCUGGAUUUACUGUCGGAAUUAAUUCUUAUUUAUAAAGUAGACCUAAUAGGAUGGCUGUAUGUAUUGUUUACUCGUCUUAUUUUGAAAUCAGGAUCAGAAUUGCUUUCAUCAGUUCAAACCAAAAUUUACAAAAAUUUAGAUUUGAUAAGAGAUUCCUUUCCAUGUGAAGAACAAUUUGCAGUAAUUACACGUUUUCUUAAUGAUUCUUCUCAAGCACCUAACACAAAGGUAAUAAUUAACAUAAUUAAAGUCUAUACUAUUCAUCCUUAUAGUAUUAAACAGGAAAAUGGUUGCAGUUCUGAUGGCAAGAGGAACAACAAGAAACUUGACCAGUUGAGAAUGAUGAGAACAUCAAUUAAUCAGGGACUGGAUAGGAUGAUGACUGAACUGGGUGACUCAGAGAAACUGGACAACUUGACCAGGCAGUCAACAAGAAAUAGAUGA